AUGCCUCUGCUUUGCUCGAAUCCCACAUCCACUAUCUUCCUUGCUUUACCUGCAACGCUUCACUGGAGUGCUGUGGUGGUGGUCACCACCCCCCCCCCUCUGUGUGCGUGCAGGGAGCUGUAUGAGGUGGCCAUCGCAGUGCACGUGCGCAGCGGUCACGGCACCACCGCCCUUCACCUGCACCGCCUCAUGGACGCCGCCCAUCCCUCCCUCCCUGCCGCCCGUCCUGCCACCCAUGGCACCCUGCCUGCGUGUGAGGAUGCUGCCCCGCCUGCUCCCCAAGGUGGCCUCCAGAGGGCCUCGCAUGGUGCUGCCUGCGCAGCUCAUGGGGAUGCGACGCCCCCAGCACAAGGGAGUUCGGUGGAGGCAGGGAAGGCGUUGGAAGAAGCAUCGCGAUUGGAGGGGGCUGGACAUGGGCAAAGACGGGGGAACACGUGGAGUGGAGUGGCAGGGCGAGUAGCGGAUGGGCAGAGCGGAUGUUUGCAGCCCAGCAGCAGCAGCAGCAGCAGCAGCAGUGAGGGAAACAUGAGCAGCAGCGAGGAAGCUUCCUCGGAGCUCACGUUUCUGGAAGCCAUUGAUGCCGCGCUCACCCACGCCCUGGCUCAGGUGUGCCCUCACCCACGCACGCCCUGGCUCAGGUGUGCCCUCACCCACGCACGCCCUGGCUCAGGUGUGCCCUCACCCACGCACGCCCUGGCUCAGUGUCCCGUUGCAGCGCCUGUGUGCAGUGAUGCUGCGUGCACGGCCAAGUGUGUGGUGCCUGGCUGCCCCCCCCACAGGACAUUGCACGCGCCUCCUCUGCUGCGCCGCCACCCCCCUCCUGCAGCAGCACUGGCAGCGCGCGCAACAGCAUGGGCGGAGGUGUGGGGAGGGGCAUGGCACAUAGAGGGCACAGCAGUGGUGGCAGCGGGUGGCAGUAGCCGAUGGGAGGAGGCAGUGGCAGAGAAGGUGGCGAACAAGGCUGAUUCGGGUGGCAUUUCCGGAUUGGUUGCUGACCUGGCAGCGUCAGGCAUUCGGGUGAAACCACGUGCCGUGCAGAGCGCCAUCCGCCAGCUGCUGCUGCAUGACGACUGCCACACCGCUCUCGCCGCCGCUGCUGCACCUCCCGCCCGCCCCACCCACCCCGCUGCACCCGCCGCCACUGCCAUCGCCAUCCGGCGGCCCGCGACAAGCAGCGAGGCAGCAGGGCGAGUGGGCGAGGUGGAGAGGGCAGAGGCGAAUGAAGAGGAGGCAGGCAGCGGUGGGGGGGGCAGCGAUGCAGAGGCGGUGCCGUGGCUGGAGCGCGCCAUCAGCCUCGUGGAUGCUCUGCCGCGUCUGGUGGGUCACGGCAUGGCUGUGAUGCCAUGGCCGGAUGGCAUGACUUUCGCCCAGCAGCCAACGGCCUAUGUGUAUGCGGAGCUGCUGCGAGCGUGUGUGCGCAAGCGGCAGUGGCGGUGGGGGGAGCAGCUGUGGCAGCAGAUGGGGGCGGCGGGCGUGCAGGCGGACGUGCCGUGCUGGCAGGCCCGCCUGCGCUGCCUGGGGGCUCUCAACCGCGUCGCAGGCACGUCGCACGCGCUGCUGGCGGAGGCGGCAGCAGCGGGCACGGCCAUGGAGAGACACCCCGACCUGCUGCGUGACCCCCCCCUCUCCUGCUCGCCCCAGCAGUGCACUGCUGAGGGAGUGCCAGCGGGCCAAUGA